AUGGCCUCAGACGAGUCCCUCGUCGACCUCCACGCCUCCUCCAUCACCGACGACAAAGAUGACGUCGACUCUCUCCCCUCCGAUUCCACCAGCGAUCUCUACUCCGAGGCCGACUCCGAGGCGCAGGCAGAAUGGGACCGCAGCCUUGAGCAGCUCCAGCUCCUCCUCACCAUGAUUCUUGUGCCGUGGGUGGGGAAGCUCUUUGGCCGCAAGUUUGCGUAUUGGAGCUGGGGUAAGUACAUGAACUGGGUGCACAACGUAGACGUGCAAGUUACGAACAAGAAGUCGUUCAAUGCCGCCGGCGCUGUGGCCGCCACUUUAUAG